AUGGUCAAAGAACGGAAAAGUAGGAAAUCAAACAUUGAAAUUCAACCAAUCGACGAAGAAAUGCCAUUAACCAAUGGAAAAGAGCAUGUAAAUGGGAAACAUGUAAGUUUUCAGUUUUCAGGACAUUCUGCACUGUAAUUUUGCAGUAUUUCGUAAAAAUGCCACGUGAAAAUUGAUUUUUAAAUGUGUGAAGAUGGUAUUUCGAAAUGAAUUGUGAAAUGAACAUUUUCAAAAUUAAAACGAAGAAAGAAACGUGAUCAUUUUGACGUGUUCUCGGUCGAACUGAAAAUUGCAAAAUCAUUUCGUGGAAAAAAUGUUUCGAAUUCCAAAUUAUAAUUUAUAAUUCUCUAGGUGAACGGUGUCAAACACAACGAAGAAGACAAACGACCGCUAGGCGAGCGAGAAAAAGCAUUCAAAACUCCUAGAAAGCAAAGCCCAGCCAGUGGAUCAUUAUGUGUUUUGUUAACCCAAGGAAUAAUGGCCAACGAUGCCCCGAAAGUGGAUUCAGUUUUGCAAAAUACUCAACCCGAAAUUAUAAAUUCGACCCUUCGAGAUAUCCAACCAAUGCAUGUUUUGCCACUUCUCAAGAAUAUCGAGAGUAGAUUGAAAACACGAUCGGCAAAUGAGUAAGUUCGAGAAUUUUAUAUUUUGCAAAAAUAAUUAUCAUGUUUUUUAUUUAGCAUUCGUCCAAUAAUUCGCUGGGCACAAGUCGCCUUAUCAGUUCAUAUGCCCUAUUUAUGCUCAUUGCCAAAUUUGGAAAAAGAAAUCAGCGGGUUAUUAGGAUGGCUUCGUUCAAGAAUUGGUCAUCAAAGGGAAUUAUUGGCACUUCAUGGAAAGAUUUCUUCAAUCGCUGAUCAAAUCAAAAGGAGAACUAACAAAGUUGUUAUUGUUCAACAACCUCUUGUUGUUUUCAAUAAUGAUUUGGAUAGUGACGAAGAAUUCGAUACAAUUGGAAGUGAUGAAGAUGGCGAAAGCAGUGAAGAUGAUUGGUGGGAUGAUAAUGAAUUGAAAGGAGAUGAAGAAGAUGGAGAAGAAGAAGAAGAGGAUGACGAAAAUGAUGAGGAUGAGGAUAUUCAAUCAUCUGAUAAUGAGCAAAAUGAUGACAAUGAUAGUGGAUCUGAAGAUGUUUCUGAUGAGGUUUGUUGGGAGGUCGGGAGGGGAAAUUCUAUAUAAGAUGGUAGUUCUACUAUUCAACCUGAGUUUGUUCGGAAAAUUUAGAUCCUUGUUUUCAAAACCAAAUAUUUGAUCAGAAUUCAUAGAAAAAUACCAUUGAAAAGAACUGCAAUGUUUUUUAUUAAAUGGAAAAUGUAGAAAAAUCAAGGAAAAAUAGCAUUUUCUGGUGAACACCAACCACACCUCGGCCAAACUCGUGAUUUCCAAAAGUCAAAAUUGUACGCUAACUUUUUUUUCCAGUGUAAAAACUUUAAAGUUCAGUUUUAAGACAUCUGUAAUAUUUAAAUUUAGUUAUUUUUCAAAGUUGUACUCUUGAGCUUUUCCAUAAUAGCAAACACUUUGUGAGAAUUGAAAAAUACGAAUCUCACAAAAAAUCAGAUUUUAUUCUGAAAUAUCAACUCAUUUCAAUAUCUUGUUUCUGCACUUUAUUUUCAACAAAUAUUUUUUCGCCAAUCCCUAGAUUCAGUUUUCCUUUUUUGUACGAAAAAUCCAAAAAAAUAAUAAUCAAAAAAAAUUUAAUCCAGGUACAAAUAUAUUUCACCUGGAGGAGUUGAUAUGUAUAUACUUUUUUUUUUCUUUUUGAUUUUAGAUGUUUUCGAUUUUUUGUUCAUUUGACAUGAAACGAGAUUAGGCUAUCAUCUGAUAAUAAUAGUUGAAGACACAAAAAAAAAAAGAAAAUUUUAUAUUCGAAUGAAAACUGGAAUAAAACUUCUUUUUUUUUCAGGGCGAAGAAGAAGAGGAUAUGGAAGUCGGAUAA